CCUCAUUCGAAAUUUGCAUUAAAAUUAUCAAUAUCAAUACUAAAUCUCUUGUUAUAAAAAAGACUUGUUUAUAAGCGUUUCGUUUCGGUCAGCUGCAGUAUUUUGAUUUGGUUUUCGGUGAAGUGAAGAUGUUGUGUAGUUCGUACGCGUUUGUGUUGGUUUCGCUACUUGCGGGUUAUUGUUGUUAUAACCCUCUUUGUGACCUGCUACUCGUUCAAUUACCAGAAGGAAAAAUAAGAGGUCACGUUUUAGAAAGCCAAGAUGGCAAGGACUUUUUCGCGUUCCAAGAAAUUCCGUACGCAGCGCCUCCCGUGGGCAAAAAUAGAUUUAAGGAUCCGUUACCACCAAUUCCAUGGACAGACAUCCUGAACGCAACACAAAACAAGAGAGUAUGCAUGCAAAAUAACGCAUCAGCAUUAACCGCAGUACCUGAGGAUAUGGAAAUAUCAGAAGAUUGUCUUUACAUCAAUGUUUAUACUCCAAGGGUACCAGGAACGUCACAAGAGCUUCUGCCCGUAUUAUUCUGGGUCCAUGCUGGUGGAUACUUUUAUGGAUCUGGUGCGCUGCAAUAUUACGACCCUAAGUAUUUCAUGGAUUAUGAUAUUAUAGUUGUAACAAUGAAUUAUCGCUUGGGACCAUUAGGUUUUUUAACAACAGAAGACAACGUUAUCCCCGGCAAUCUAGGACUGAAAGAUACAGUCCAAGCUCUAAAAUGGACAUACGAUAAUAUUAAUACAUUUGGAGGAGACAAACAUAAAAUUACAGUAAUGGGCGAAAGUGCAGGCUCAACAACAGCAGGAUUUAUGCAUCUUAGUAAAAGAACUCAAGGUAUGGUAGCUGGAUACAUUUUGGAAAGUGGUACACCAAUUUCCCCCUAUGCUUACCAACCAAAUGCCAGACAAUACGCUUUUAAAUUGGCAAAAUUGCUCGACAAUACCUUUACAUCUGAAGAUUCCAAUCAACUUCUGGAGUCGCUUUUAAGCAAGACCGCGGAAGAAAUUACAGAUACAAUGGUCUCUAAUGACGGAUUUACUGCCAAUCCAGUUGGAGCUUUGGUUAUUUGGUUGCCAGUAGUUGAGAAGAAAGGAACACCAAACGCUAUCAUUACGGAGCCAAUGUACGAAAUUCUAAACAACGGCGACUAUAAUGCAGUGCCCUUUAUGACAGGAUUCACUUCGGAGGAGUCACUUUUCUUCCUAAGAUACUUAUCGUCAGCGAAUUUACAGUUUUUCAAGGAAUUGCUAGACAAUAAUACACAACUAGUACUACAUCCACAUCUUAAUAUUGAUCCGGCUGCAUUACCAGAAGCGGCUAAAGAAUAUAAAGAAAUUUUCACAUCCAAAACAUUCGCCGAGGAUAAUGGAGCAUAUGUCAGGUACUUAACUGAAGAUGUAUUUAGCACACCUAAUAUUAAACAUGCGGAACUUGCAUCCCAUAAGGCCGUAAGUUAUGUGUACGAGUUCGCUUACAAAGGAAAAAUGGGAGGAUUCACGGAUAAUCUUAAAUACACUGAAGGAGCUAAUGAUGUUGCCCAUACUGAAGAACUACAUUACUUGUUUGGAGGACGAGAAGGAGUGAGAGAUGACAUUAAAUCAUACCCCAAAGAGGAUCAAUUGACAAUGAAAAGAAUGUUGACUUUAUGGACAAACUUUAUUAAAUACCAGAAUCCCACGCCCACCAAAGAAGAAAUUUUAGAUAACACGAUUUGGCCUAGUCUAGCAUGCAAUGGUAAUGGUAAAAUCAAAUACCUUAGUAUUAAUAAGACUUUAGAAUCAAGGGUGGAUCCGAAGUCUUACCAAAAAGCAAACAAAUUAUUGGAAAAAUAUCAUAAACCACCCUAUUAUGUAUAUUGAGUAUCUGUGAUGUAUAUUUGUACUUAAUAAUUUUAUUAUUUCAUAUAUAACAACAAAUAUUUUUUAAUAAAAUACGAAAAAUA